AUGCCAGCAAUCUCCAUACCGCCCGUUCUGCAAGCCGUACUCGUGGCAUCAACCUUCGCGCUCACCCCUCUGCUGCUCGUAGUUCAUCUGUUCAUACUGCCCGCUCAAAUCGUGAAAAUUCCGCUCGUGCUGGUCGAAGUGGCAGUUCCAAUUCGCUUUGCACUGCAGAACUUGGCCCAUUUAAUACUGCCCGUUCACGCAGUGAUGUUCGCACUAGAGAACGUGGUGAAAUCAGGUCAGCUCCUCCUACGCCCAGGCAACCCUCGGUUAGGACUGCUCGUUCUCGAUUUCCGCAAGAUCUCAUUUGCCCCGGCAACUUCUCCAUCUAUGCGAGCGGCUCGUACUUCUUCAAAUGCAUCACUGUCUGCUUCUCGUCCUUCACGCCCCAUCAGCCAAUCUCCAUCUCAGAAUGCUCGUGGACGUCUCUCAUCGGAUUCUUCAGUGAAGACUGCUCGUCUCGCAAGCCGUUCUCCAUCAAUCAAUACUGCCUGUUCACCUGCUUCCACUCCCGCCAACACUGCCCACACUCGUUCCGACAGCUCGGUUCACACCGGACGCCCAUCUUCAAUUCCUGAUGCAUCGACGGCCCCUGCCAACGGUCAAAUCGUGGCUCCGACAAAUGUGAUUCUCCUCCCUGUACAGGGUGAGGAUAGUGUCCACGAGAUCGUGAAUCCAUCUCAACUUGUGCGCACUCCCUCUUCUGAUAAGCGUUUUGGAUUCGUUUUUCUU